AUGACCGACGCUACUUUCCACACCACCAUCCAGGACCUCCGCAGAGCCGAGUCCAAGCUUUCCCAAUUGCACGGUGGCAACCCGCCAGCGAACUCGAAUGUUUCUAGAAUGAAGUCUAUCAUCGACCAAAACAGCAACAAGCCCGCAAAAAUCGAGCAGGUCAAGGCUAACCUGCCUCUACCUGAUCAACCUCCAGUUGCUAGCGACUGGAAUUCCCUUGACCAGCGCAUUACUGGCACUGGCUCUGGGCGUGUCGAGUUCCCUCCCGAUAACAGUGGCCUGCGUGGGGCUCCGGCUUCAGGCAGUAGUGCUAAAGAACUUGGACUCUAG